UUGAACAAAAUGUCUGUACGUGAGGAAAAUACAAAUGUACCCAAAUGAUUAAACAUUUGAAUGUUUGUAGUAAUAUUUUUCAUUUUCAUUUGAUCAACGUUUAUAAAGAGGAGUCAACCAUGUGUAGUGCGUGCGCGCGCGCGCGCGUGUGUGUGUGUAUAUAUAUAUAUGAACUUUGGUGUCUAUUUUUGUAUUUUUAAAAUCACUGUACGUUCUAAAUAACUUUGAUGGAGUUUCUUCCGGUCUAAACAAAUUAAUCACUUUAUCAAUAAUUGAAUUCCGUGAAUGUUAUCUAUUGAGCCAUGAGUACAAGCUGAUCUUUCAUGAAAAUGGGUAAAAAUUAUCUUCAAUAUAAAGAUUGAUAAAGCGGAACUGACACGAAUACAACUCCCGAAGAAGAUGCAUAAGGCAGCGAGUCAAGCAGGCAGGCAAUAUGCCACUCCCGCGCUCGUGUAUACAACAGAAGUAGAAGAAGAGCGGACGUCGCCAGUGGUAGACUCUCCAGAAUGUCUAUUUCGGGAUCCACUCGAGCGCGGAGAAUGUUACACGAUUAUGCUUCUGCCGGAUUUUUCAAAGUCGAGUCGGCCAGUAGAAGAGUGACUAGUAGUCAGAAGCUCGGGACGAGAUCGAAAGCUUCGCUAUUCCUCUGUUUGCGCGCGCGACGACAGAGCGAGAGAGAGAGACAGAGCUUGCGCUCUUCGUUCGUCGUUUUGUUGUUUCUCACGUAAAGUCGGCCAAAGAACAAUCGCAAUCAAGAUGACGAUGAUGACCGAGUAGGCCGCCUCUGCCAGUUUACACUUGAUACGCCUAGCUUACUUGUUGUCCUACAGUUUUGUACAGCUCGCUAACUCGAUAAAAGACUGUUGGUGCGCGACUCGCGGUUGCUGAAUUUUACCCUUAAUUUGUUUAGCUUUAACGAUCAAAGUCGUGUUUACCUGGUCUGUUGCGUUGAAACGACGCAGUAAAACGUGAUGAACAUCGUCACUGCGUUUGUGUGCGAGAGGGAAGCCUUUUAAAAACAAACACGAAGCUACACACAGCCACACAGCUUAAUAGUCGCACGCGAAAAGGGCUAAAGUCAGAAGUAGAAAACAAUGAAAGACUUGAUGGAUUCAGCACCACGGUAAAACAAUUGGCUAUUCAAAUAAAUGGGUUUUUCAAAAUUUUCUCUUUCCGCGGCCUUCUGCGUGCCGUCGCUCGCUAUAACUAUCUGCACGAACUGUUAGAGUGAAAACAUCUUCGAUCACCGCUUAUGUCGCUGAGCUUUUCUACUUUACUCUCUCUCUCUCUCUCUUUCUCUCUAUACUUAAUCAAACUACUGCAAGGGCUUGCAGCAAGCGCGUACAACACAACCACAACACUGAUUUCCGUCAUUUUUGUGAGAAACCAGAAAAGCACCCUUCUAAUCGCGCGAUUCUGUGUGUGUCUAUUACUUGUUCGUUUAUUCAUCGCGCAUCUUUAAACGACCUAACAAUCAUGGAUACGCGCAGAAUGUCCAAUUGGAACGUCCUGAGCGUCGAGGCUGCACUGCAACAGCUUAAUGGUCCUCAGGAUGGAUCGGAAUUGCAACAGAUUAUCAGGAAAUCGAAUACGACGAUAGAAAAACUACCCGACAAAGUACUACUCAACAUAUUUGGUUAUCUGUCUCAUCGGGAAAUAUGUCGGAUGGCAAAAAUCUGCAAGCGAUGGCGCCAAGUAGCUUACGACUCGAAGCUUUGGACGCACGUUUCUCUGCGACCAGAAAUCAGUGGUCUUCACGUGACGUCCUUGGAAAACCUCCUCCACUUGGUCAGCGUGCGAUUCGGGCCGUCCCUGCGCUACAUCGAACUGCCAAUCGAAUUAAUCACCCACACAGUCCUUCACGAGCUGUCGAACAAGUGCCCGAAUCUGACGCACAUGCUCCUCGACUUCUCGACGGCGAUGCAGCUUCACGACUUCUCCGAGAUGCAAGCUUUCCCCACCAAGCUCAAGUACAUGUGCAUCUGCUUGUCGGAAGUGAUCUUCAUGGAGGGCUUCAUGCGCAAAAUUUACAACUUUAUCAACGGCUUGGAGAUUCUCCACCUCAUAGGAACGUACGAGAAGGUCGAGGAAGAAGAGGAGGAGAUCUACGAGGUGAUAAACGUGCACAAGCUCAAGUCGGCCACGCCGAACCUCAGGGUAAUCAACCUGUACGGCAUCAAUUUCGUGGACGACUCGCACAUCGACGCCUUCUCGUCGAACUGCAUACAGCUCGAGUGCUUGGCCGUCAACUUCUGCGCCAAGGUCACCGGCUCGACCAUGAAAACCUUGUUCCAGAGGAGUAGGCGGCUCAGGUGUCUGCUCAUGCAAGGAACAAAUCUCCACAGCGAGCACGUGAUGCAGGUCGAGUGGGAGAAGUCAAGCAUCCAGGAGUUGGACGUGACGGGGACCGACCUGUCGACCGAGUGCCUCAUCGACAUGCUCUCGCGGAUCCCCGGGCUGCGCUUCCUGAGCGCCGGCCAGCUCAACGGUUUCAACGACAGCGUGCUCAAGGCCUGGAUGGAGCUGGGAAAUCCACGGAACCUCAUCGCCCUCGACCUCGACAGCUCGGACAACCUCAGCGACGAUGCCCUUCACAAGUUUCUCUCGCGCUACGGUCACCAGCUCUGGGCCAUUACGCUCUCGGGCAUGCCGCACAUCACCGAUCAGCUCUGGCAGAGUGUCUUGCCUAUCCUCACCAAUGCUAAGAUCAUAGUCAUGGGCACCAACGAAAGACUGGGCGUCAACAUCCACGUGGAUCAACUGAUGGACGGUAUUGCGAAUAACUGUCCGAACCUGGAGCGUUUGGAGCUACGUUGGGAUCCAGAGAACUUGAGAUUCUCCGACAAAAGUCAAAAAGCUAUUGACAUUCUAAGAGUUAAGUGUAUCAAGCUGAGAUGUUUGACGUUGAGUGACGGAAGGUACUACGAGAUCGUCAAAGCUAACUUUGAACGAGCCGACAGAACCACGGUCGUAAGGACGACAACUUGUUGCCGAGUUUCCAAUUACUACAUGCUACAGAACUACAAGGAUUUAAUUUUUAAUUGAUGAUCGUCUCUCGCGCGUUACUCAAGGCGGUCGCUGUUAUACUCUAAACAAAGUAUUUUUACGCGGUAUUUUUUUAAGAAAGAUAAAAUAUUUAUUUUAGAUACGCAGUCUAUUUGGGACUCGACACUGUACAGUACGCCACAUGGAAAAGGAACACGAAUGAACAUUCAAAAUUAUCGCAUACGCAGACACAUACUCACUUUUAUAUAUACGAUACAUGUGCGAACCUCAACUGCGAAUUGUCCGAAACAAAUGAUAGUUGAUCGAUGCGAGCUUCGAAAAGUUGGUAUAUACGUGCGUAUUGAGAAGCUUAGCGGAAAAACAAAAUUAAAAAUGAGGUCAAUAAGGAGCGCAUGCACAUAAGUGUGAUUGACAUGUGCAUUUGACCAAUGGAAUUAUCGCUAUUAUAAUUUUUCCCUUUUCAUUAUAUUCUGAUUGUACUUGAAGAAGGCGCAUUUUCGAUCAAUUUUCCUCUAUUCAACUUUAAUAACGUUUUACUCUACUUACUAAUAUGUACAAAUUCAAUUCAAUUUUACAAGGGAGAGUCAUCGAAAUUGCUGUUUUUUUCCAAAUACAAGACGCUUACUUAUUCGAGCUUGAUGUUUGCUGUUUCAAUGUUGCGAUCAAACGAGCAGUCUGUUGAACGAUCAGUCGUUUCAAGCGAACCGGUAAAAUUAAAUUUUUCGCGAAACAUUUGAUUAAUGUAAUAGGUCUACAUUCAAAAUUGAAAAUAAAUAAACGUCAACGCACAA